AUGGUGACUGUGGGUGAGGCCAUGGUCCAUAAAAAGGACAUGUUCCUUAAGUUCUGCCUGUGGAAGAUGUUCUUCCUCUCUGCAUGGUCACCAAUGGGCCAUGCUAAGUACAGUAGCCUUCCAGAAGCAGUGAUACCCUUGAGGGUCACUGUCACUAACAGAAAUAAUAUUUCCCCAGGUUGGUUGUCCUAUAGCCUGAAUAUUGAGGGGCAGAGACACAUAAUCACUAUGAAACCCAAAAAAAACUUGAUAUCCAGAAACUUCAUACUAUUCACUUAUACUCAGCAAGGUGAUCUCCUUGAAGAACAGCCUUUUGUGCAGAAUGACUGCUACUACCUCGGUUAUGUGGAUGAAGACCCAGAAUCCCUUGUUAUUAUUAACACCUGUUUCGGGAGUUUGCAAGGCAUACUAGAGAUAAACGGUACAACUUAUGAAAUCAUGCCCAAGAGCUCAACUUCAACAUUUGAACAUCUGGCUUAUAAAGUGGACACUGACAAGUCAGAAUCAUUCACCAUGAGAUGCGGGUUAUCAGAAGAGGAAAUAGCACGACAAAUGAAGCUCCAAGAAAACAAUGAUUCCAUUCUUUUGCAAAACCCAUAUGAGAAUUGGUGGACCCAUCACAGGUUUAUUGAUUAUUUUGUUGUAAUAGACCAUAAUCGGUAUGUUCAUAGAAAUAAUAAUACCACAACUUGUAUCCAAGAUAUGUUGCAAAUAGUCAAUGGAAUAAAUGGGUAUUAUCUUCAAAUAGAUACUGAUGUGGUUUUAACCACUCUUCAAGUGUGGAGUGAAAGAAACUUAGUCAAUGUAGAACAAGAUAUACAGUUGGUCUUAACUGCGUUCUGUACUUGGAAGAUAAAUACGAUUGGCAAUCGUGUUAGACAUGAUAUCAUACACCUUUAUGUCAAACGUGGAUAUGGUAUAUAUUUAGGUUUAGCAAAUGUAGGUACAGUUUGUAUAACUCUUAAUUGUGCAGUUAACAGUUUCAUUUCUGAUUCAUUGUCAGACAUGGCAUUCAUUAUAGCACAUGAGAUGGGUCAUAACUUGGGUAUGCUGCAUGAUGCCAGUGGAUGUACUUGUGGGAGACAAAGCUGCAUAAUGGCCCCGUAUAAGUCUAAUUCCCCCAAAUUCAGCAACUGUAGUUAUGAAGAAAUGUAUUCAGUUGUAAACAAAAGAAGUUGCUUAUACGAUAUUCCAGAUGCACUGAAAACAAACCUGACCCUGACUGUGUGUGGGAAUAAGUUGGUUGAGGAAGAAGAGCAGUGUGAUUGUGGGAACUUAGAAGCCUGUCUGAAAGACCCAUGCUGUAGCGAGGACUGUGUUCUCAAACCUGGUGCUCAAUGUGCUUUUGGGCUUUGUUGCCAAGAUUGCCAGUUCCUUCCAACGGGCACCAUGUGUAGAAAAGAGAGAAAUGAGUGUGAUCUUCCAGAGUGGUGCAAUGGAUCAUCACACGAGUGUCCAAGAGAUGUGUAUAAAGAGGACGGAAACCCUUGCAGUGGUGAUGGCUAUUGCUAUAAAAUGGCAUGUCAUCAACAUGAUGAACAGUGUCGAAAGAUUUUUGGCAACGGAAGUAGAAGUGCCGGUGAAAUUUGCUACAUGGAAAUGAACAAACGGGGUGACCGUUUCGGUAACUGUGGUAAUGAUAGUUCUAAAUACAGAGGAUGCCAACCUGCUGAUGUAUUCUGUGGGCGAAUUCAGUGUGAGAAUGUGACAGAACUUCCCCAGAGGAAAAACCACGAAACAGUGCAUUACACUCACUUCAAUAAUGUCAUCUGCUGGACUAUGGACUAUCAUUUUGGGAUAACCAUAGAUGACUUUGGAGCAGUGAGCGAUGGUGCAGUUUGUGCUCCAGAUCAUUUAUGUGUUGACAGAAAGUGUGUCAGCAAGUCUGUUCUGAUAAGCAACUGUUCACCACAGUUAUGCAAUAUGCAAGGUGUCUGCAACAAUAAACACCACUGCCAUUGUGACGUCACAUGGGAACCACCGGACUGUCGACUACAUGGCUAUGGAGGUAGUAUAGACAGUGGACCACCUCCAGUGAUUUCAACUCCUACCAAUUGGAGUAUGUACUUCCUAGCUUUUUUAAUUCUGUAUGUGCUUGGCUUAAUUUCUUUGUAUGGCCUUCGUAAGUUAAGGAAAUGA